AUUAGAUUGGAUGUAUUUUAGCUAUAUCAAUUAUACAUUAUGUUUCAUUCCUUUUGUUCAUAUUUAAUUUACCUUCAUAAAUUGUUAAAGAUGAAUGAAAAGUGUGAUUGUGGUAACAUUCCGUUGGAAACACUCGCACGUUCUCAACAGAGUUGUACUACCACUCAAAAUAAAGCAAAUGAUGAAAAAAGUACAGGUUCUAAAAAACUUUCAAGGGGUAAUUCCGCUAUGAACAAUUACCAACAAAGACGCUUACAUCGUGCUGUUAUGGCCAAUGAUCUUAAAUUAAGUCGAUCGCUAAUUCAAAAUGGAACAGAUGUUAACGCUAGAAACUUUUGGUCAGAAACACCAUUACACAUCGUCUCUACCAAUGGAAACCUUGAACUGGGCAAAUUGUUAAUCGAAAAUGGAGCGGAUGUUAACGCAAAAACCAAUUAUGAAUACACCCCUUUGCUAAUUGCUUGUAUUAAUGAAAAUAUUUAUGUGGCUCGACUCUUACUGGAAAAUGAAGCAGAUGUUAAUGCUAAAGAUAAAGUUGGGCAAACAUCUUUACAUAUAGCCGCAAUGUAUGGAAAUAUCGAAUUGGGUAGCUUGUUAUUGGAAUAUAAAGCAGAUAUUAAAAUUAAGGAUAAUAAUAAAAUUAUACCUUUAGUUUUAGCCGCUACACAUAAAAAGUUAAAUUUUUGUCAGUUUCUAGCCAAAAAUGCUGUUAACACUAGGCCCAAAAAUAGACACUUACAAUUUUAUCCUAUUCGUGAAAAUAUUGUUGUGAGUCAACAGUUAAUCGAAAAUGAAACGAAUAUUUGUGCCAAGAACAACGACGAAUCAUCCUUACAAUUUACCACAAUAAACAAUAACCUUGAAUUUAGUCGUCCACUUUUUGACGACGAUUACGCUAAGAAUUAUUGGACAGAAACACCACUACACAUUGCAGCUAGCAAUGGAAAUAUUAAAUUAGUUCGACUACUAAUUGAAAAUGAGGCAGAUGUUAACGCUAAAACCAACUAUAAUUACACACCCUUAUUAUUUGCUGCUAUAAGUGGAAGUACUGUUGUAUUAAGAUUGCUACUGGAAAAUCGGGCGGACGUUAACGCUGAAGAUGAAUUCGGCCACACAUCUUUACACCUUGCCACUUUAUUCAAUAAUGUUAAAUGUUGUCAAAUACUAAUUGAAAGUGGAGCGGAUGUUAACGCUAGGACAUAUUCGUUAAAAACGCCUUUACACAUCGCCGCCACGCGAGGAAGUAUUGAAAUAGGACGAUUGCUACUGAAAAAUGGAGCUGAUAGUAGAGCCAAGGAUAAUAGAAAAAAAUCCCCUUUAAUUGUUGCCACUAAGUAUAAAAAUGUUCAAUUUUGCCGCUUGCUAAUCGAAAAUGCUUCAAAUAAUAAUACUAACUCGAACUGUUUAAGAAACUUAAACCUUACCCGUAUUGUCCAUCGAAACAUUAAUAAUGACCAACAGCUAAUUGAAAAUAAUCAAGCAAGACUUAAUCGUCAACAAACACCUUUUCACAUUUCAACUAUGCGUCGAAAUAUUGAGUUAGGUCGAUUAUUACUGAGAAAUGGAGGGAAUAUUAACGUUAUAACUAAUCAUAGAGAAACACUCUUACAUUUUGCGGCAAGUGAAGGAAACGUGGAAUUGGGACACCAGUUACUCAAAAAUGGAUCGAAUGUUAACGCUAACAAUAUCUACGAACAAACGCCUUUACAUAUUGCUGCUAUACGUGGUAAUAUUAAAUUUGGACGUUUGCUACUGGAAAAUGGUGCGGAUCUUACAGCUAAGGAUAAUAACAACAGAACACCUUUACUCGUUGCCAUUAAGCACAAAAAUAUAAAAUUUGUUUUAUUCCUAAUCAAAAAUGCUUUAAAUGUUUACACUAAGACUAACUCUGAAUAAACACUCUAACGAAAGGUAUAGAUUUUUAACUCAUCUUAAUAACAUUCGAUGCAUACUCAGUAUAACCAACAAUCGUGUUCUUUCGUAACUCAACGUUUCAUUCGUGAGUUAUGUGUUAUCAUUAUACCAUUCCCCACAUCUGUUAAGCUCUGUUUGAACUCGUACAUCCUGGACCUUGGUUUAUCUCAACGCCAUGUAAGUUUUUGAACUAAGUGCAUCGUUAAUGAUAUACUCUUAUCGUUUUGCCAUUUGUUGGCAUGUAUUUAUUUCUCCAAAUAAGAUCUUAUGAUAAUCUUUCCGAUUUAUUUGCAUAUGAUUUUGUUCAUUACAAUAUUGCAGAGAGCUGGACACAGGUUGCCUCAUUCAUUCAUAUGUACUGGACUCAGCGUUGCCAACCUAUGCCGACCAAAUGUCGGUAAAAUCAAUGGUAAAAAAUCGGUAGGUUUAAAUACAAAGGCAGAAAAUGUUGUUUGGUAAAAGUUAAUAAAUGAAUUUAUAUACAUAUACAGGUGACCCAUAUCUUCUGCAUUAGAACAUUAUACGGUUCCUGUGCGGUUAUUAUCGCUUCAGAAUAAUAUAUCCUGUAUAUAAGUUACGAGUUACA